AUGACUGCUCCACUGAACGACUUGACGAAUGACGCCUCGGAAGGAAAUGGCGAACUUACCCAAGCCAAAGCCUUGCCUGUUACCCUCCUGUCGGGAUUUCUCGGCGCAGGCAAGACCACCCUACUGCAGCACAUCCUCAAAAGUAACCAUGGCCUUCGCAUUGCCGUUAUAGUCAACGACAUGGCAGGUGUUAAUAUCGACGCUGCCCUCAUCAAAGAAACCUAUCGACUAAAAAAGUCGGAUGAGAAAGUGAUUGCGCUUCAAAACGGCUGUAUCUGCUGUAAUCUCCGCGGGGACUUGCUUGAGGAGAUUCUGGAUCUGUGGAAGCUCCAAGCUUUCGACUAUAUCAUUAUUGAGAGCAGUGGUAUUUCUGAGCCGGAGCAGGUUGCCGAGACGUUUGAUGCUCGCCUUUCGGAGAGUCUGGUAGGACACAAACAACUUGACGAAUACACUCUUGAAACGCUAGACGCAAUAAAAAAAGCCGGUGGCCUAGAAAAAGUUGCACGCCUCGACACGACCGUUACCGUAAUCGACGCCUUUACCGUUAUUCAGGACGAGCGUACAGUAUCCGAUCUCAUGGUGGAUCAGAUUGAGUUUGCGGACGUGAUCGUGGUGAACAAGAUUGAUAUGAUUGAUGCUGAUGCCAAGACGCGCAUUUUUGAUCUGAUAAAACAACUGAACCACCGAGCCAAAGUCUUGGAAUCAUCCCACGGAAAGAUCGAUCCUAAAGAGAUUGUCAACACCAAGCUCUUCAAUUUACAGGUUGCUCAGACUGGGUAUGGAUGGCUGCAGGAUCUCCACGCCAUGAGUGUUCGAGAGAUGGAAGGGGGCAAUGUGGUUAGCCUUCAAGCAAAGGCUCAGGCUUUCAGCGUGCAAAGUUUCAUCUACACCAACCAGCGCCCUUUUCACCCUCGUCGUCUUUUCGCAGUCCUUUACGACAAAUUCAUUCUGCAAUUAGAGCAUCCCGAUGACAGUGACGACGAAGUAGACGCCGACGACGAAGAAAUGAAGGAUGAAGACAAUGGUGACCAAGACGUGGAUAUGGACAAUCAACCAGAUGCGGAUCUUGAGAUGGAUGAAGUAGUUUGGGACAACGAAUUCCCUAUCCCUUCAAACGAAGUCAUCUUGGAGAACAAGCGCAAAGACCCUCUUCUAGCACCACUACUCAGGUCCAAGGGCGAGUUUUUCAUCGCCACACGCCCGCAUCGUGCCGGUAAUUGGUCUCAGGCCGGAGCGAUGCUCACUCUCACCGGAGGCCGUCCCUGGUUCUGCACACUGGAUCCUGAGGAAUAUGUUACCGGUGACCCCAAGAUCGACAAGCUUGUAGCUCAUGACAUUAAGAAGGGCGGUGAGUGGGGAGACCGUCAUCAGGAGAUGGUCUUCAUCGGCGAGAAGCUGGACCAUAAUGGGCUCAAGCAGAUGCUGAACGAGUGCUUGCUUACUGAUGCGGAGUUCGAGGCUUGGCAGGAGAUCAUGAGAGACGAUGCACGAGAUGACGACUCCAAGUUUGAGGCGCUGAACGAUGCGUUCGAGGAUGGCUUCCCUGAUUGGCCGGAAGACGAUGGUCACGAUCACGAUCACGAUCACGAUGAUCCAGAUCAUGACCACACUGGCCAUGCGCAUUCCCAUUCUCGUACUACCAAGCCAUUCAAAAGGCUCUAA